GUCUAUCAGACAGUAUUAUAUUAUAAUGUUCCAGGUAUCCAGUCUAUCAGACAGUAUUAUAAUGUUCCAGGUAUCCAGUCUAUCAGUCAGUAUAAUAUUAUCAUGUUCCAGGUAUCCAGUCUAUCAGACAGUAUAGUAUUGGGGACUCCAGUUCGUGGUAACAGACUCCACCUGUCCUCUCUGCUGGUCAACCUCACUCCUGAGACUUACACCUGGAGUCGCCUCAAAGCUGCCCUCUCCCUACACAGGAAGACCAAAGCGUUCCUGACUCCGAAGAGGCCUCUCUACCUGCUGUCCUCUCCUGAGGCGGAGCUAGGGGCGGGGCUAGGGGCGGAGCUAGGUGAUGUCAGUCAAAAACUGUUCUCCACACCCCGCUGCACGCCCCGCCCACCAAACCUCCGCUCAACGAUACGUGGGAGUACUCCUCUGAGUGUGUAUUCGUUAGACGGAGAGCUGUCUGAUGACCAGAAGGUGUUUUCGGAGUGUAACCAGACAGGACCUCUGGGCUUCCAGGACUGUCUCCCAGCAGCCAGGAUGAAGCUGUGUAGGAAGGUAGGAGAGGGGACCUUCGGAGAGGUCUUCAGUACCACCAACACCUCUGGAGACGCCGUCGCUCUCAAGAUUAUCCCAGUAGAAGGAUGUGACCAGGUGAAUGGAGAGGAACAGAAAACCUUUGGAGAAAUCCUCCACGAGAUUAUCAUCUCCAAGGAGCUGAGCAGUCUAAAGGAGAAGAAACACAACCAGACCACUGGCUUCAUCGGACUAAAGGAUCUCCACUGUGUCAAGGGCUGCUACCCUCCAAGCCUGCUGAAAGCCUGGGACUCCUUCAACACACAGAGAGGAUCAGAGAAUGACCGGCCAGGUGAGAAAGAGACACCUGUACACCUGUCUGUCUCCCUCUUAACCCAGGGGAUGUCAAACAUCCAGCCAG